CGGCCAUUCCCAUUGAUGUGAUAACAGCUGGACCGUGGAUAGGUUCCGUUGCCCAACACGUUUCAACAAUGCCUCAGGUUUCUGUGUCUCCUCUUUCUCUUCCACCUUCUCCUCUUCAAUCAAACCGGAGAAUCUUUCCCGGUCCUCAACGAACCGCCGCUGCUUCCGCCACGGAUUCCGUCUCCACAUUCACUUCGGCUUCCACUUCGAAUUCAACGCCCAAAGUCGUCGUCACCAGAGAGCGUGGCAAGAACGGCAAGCUCAUCUCUGCUUUGGCUAAACAUGAAAUCAAUUGUUUGGAACUUCCACUCAUUGAGCACACACGGGGACCUGAUUUAGACAGGCUUCCUUCUGUAUUAAGGGAUAAUGCAUUUGAUUGGAUUGUCAUAACUUCCCCUGAGGCAGGUUCAGUUUUUCUAGAGGCAUGGAGAGUUGCUGGGAUGCCUCAUGUCAAAGUUGGCGUUGUUGGGGCUGGUACUGCAAGCAUUUUAAAGGAAGCUUUGCAGUCUUCAAAACAAUCGCUUGAUAUUGCCUUUGCACCAUCAAAAGCAACAGGAAAGAUUUUGGCUACAGAGCUUCCUAAGAUUGGAAAUAAAUCCACUGUUCUAUAUCCUGCUUCUGCAAAGGCUAGCAAUGAGAUUGAGGAAGGACUUUCAAAUCGCGGAUUUGAGGUUACUAGGAUGAGUACUUAUACAACGGUACCAAUUCAACACGUUGACCAUAUGGUUCUAAAGCAAGCACUUUCAGCCCCUGUUGUUACAGUAGCUUCACCAUCUGCAAUUCGCAGUGCCUGGAAGAAUCAUCUUUCAGAGUCAGAGUGGAGCAAUUCUGUUGCAUGCAUUGGUGAGACAACUGCUUCAAUGGCAAGAAGGUUAGGCUUCAGAAAUGUGUACUACCCAACGCAACCAGGCCUAGAAGGCUGGGUAGAAAGCAUUCUUGAGGCAUUAGGAUCCCGUGAUGAAUUAUUGAGGUAGUCCUCUGCCCUUCAUAGCAAAACUGGAGAUGUUCAGAUGUUUCUCAUGCAACGAAUUUGAUUAAAAUACUGAUUUGACAUUAUCGAUGGGUUUACUUUCCCUGUUCAGUAGUAUUUUUAGGAAUACUGAAGAGGCUACCAUGAGUUUGUGGUAAAUAGUUUCCAUCAUGUAAAUACCGUACUGCAAUUUGAGAUUUUCUUCUAUUACCAAUUGAGCCCUCAAUUUGUCCCCAAACUUUAUGGAUGUCU